AUGAACAAUCUGAAAGAGUAUAUAAAAAACAUAGACUUUGAGACUGUAGACGACUCCGAGGUACUCCAUAACGUCUAUAACGAAAUAGACGGGCAUGAAAGAGAGCUCAUGCUGAGCACAGAGACUGCCUAUCAGAUAGAGAGCCUCAUAAGAAAAAGCAACUCCAAGCAGGUGCUGGCCUUUUUCAAAAAGCUCGAUGUUGAGGAGCUCAUGAGCAAGAAGCUUGGAUCCAGGGUUCUUGAGGUGAUCUACGAUGCUAUUUUUGACAUGAUUUACAUCCAGAGACAGGACAUCGAUGUGGAUACCCUUAUGAGGCCUGUGGAAAACGUACUGAAGACUAAGUUUUCUGACACCAAUGGCACACACAUAAUCAGAAAGCUUUUCCAGCUCGUAAGCGGAAAGAGGAUUCUCGGCGAUAAGGUUCAGUCCUUUGCCUCCAUAAGGCCCGGGCAUAUAGAAAAAUACAAGGAGGCAAUUGUUGAGCUGAUUCCUAGUCUCUCAAAAGAAGAUGCAUUUGUCACGCUGCUGAUCUACACAUACUGCUACAGAAGCAAGACCAUCAUUCAUGAGGCGGCCAAACACCACUUCACCCCGGAGGGAGUUUGCAAUCCAUCGAUGUCCUAUUUCUUUGAAAAAAUAGUGAAACUGGCAGGAAAGAAAACCAGGAGAUACAUCUUUGAGAGAAUAAAAGACAAAGUGAUGGAGCUGUGCAGGGAUAGAUAUGGGAACUACUUCAUUGGAGAGUUCAUUCUCUGCCACUACGAAAAGGCAGAUUAUUUCUUUGAUGCGAUAAACAUGGAGGAGUUUGACAAAAAUUCUAACAUAAUCAUGAAACUCACCCAUGCGCUGUUAAAGGCAAGAUCGUACUCGAAUAUCGACAAGGUAAUGAAGAGCUUCUACAUGGAAAGCGAAGAUGACGUUAUAUCUCAUACGUUCGGUGGUGUUGAGGGAAACUUCAAGCAGAAGUAUGCCCCGAUGCUCUGUGAACUCAUGAAACUUCCCAACGAGUGCAACUACGGAAUAAAUGCUGCAUUCAGAAGGAAGUUCAGUAGCAGAUGGCUCAGGUCAAAGGGAGGAAUCGAGCUUCUUCGGGGGUACUACGAGGGAACAGACGACAGCAGAUCAAAAAAGAACUUCACCAAACGAGUUGAAGAGCAUCUUCCCCUCAUAGCAAACGGGAGGGAAUGCAACGCCAUUCUCAAGUUCAUGAGGAUGCAUGGGUCGCAAAAAGCUGCUAAGGCAAUGAAAAGAGACAACAGCCCGUCAAAGAGAAUGGCUCUCAAUGGCCCAAGAAUAUUUUCAGCUUAA